AUGCUGUUGGACUUUAAAUUUUGCUGCACCAAUUUUACCCCUCUGCAAGAUUUUAAGGUCAACACACUCCAGAAUAUACCAAAAAAAAGGUUUGGUGGUCGACGGAUUCAGACAUACCUGGCAGUUCUUUCACUUAUCCUGUACAUCUUCACAAAGAUAUCGGUAAACUUGUAUUCAGGAGCAAUUUUCAUCCAGCAAGCCACAAAGAUUAACAACCUCUACCUGUCCAUUGUGUUUCUACUGGUUAUGACAGCCAUAUGUACAGUGGUUGGAGGCCUUGCUGCUGUCAUCUACACAGAUACCCUGCAGUUCUUCAUCAUGAUUGGAGGAUCAUUUUACGUCAUGAUUAAAGGCUUAUAUACAGUUGGUGGAUACUCUGAGCUGCAAACCAAGUACCUAGCCUCAAUACCUGAAAAGCUGCUGUCCAACUCAACGUGUGGACUUCCUCGAGUAGAUUCAUGGAGAAUGUUGAGAGAUGCAGACACUCUGUUAGUGACAUGCCUUGGCCAGGUUUCUGCUUGGCCAGAUACCUGCUUCCAUUUGGUACUGGUGUGCAGACCAAGUGAGUUAUGUGAAGCUUUUCUAUAUCAGCAUAAGAAUCUGACCAAUAUAAUUCAGUACAAACACAGCAGUUGUUUAUUGACCCAUGGGGAUAUCUUACCAUUUGUGAGUCAUACCUGGAAGAGCACCAGCUUCAGCAGUGAACCAAACUCUGCCCAACUUGGACUGGUGGUACAGGAGUUGUAG